AUGAGACUUCUAGAUGCCACGUAUAAUGCAUGGUGCCGUGAUGAAUAUUUGAAGGAGAAGGCAAAUUUUGCUACCGAAGACGCUUUUCGACAAUAUCUCCAGCAGGAGCUUCGUCGUUUGAAUCUCGAACCUGACGAGCUCUCCGUGAGUGAAUGCAACGUCAGGUUCAUGCACAUCCUAGAAAAUAAGUUUCUUAAAACAGCCACAGAACUUGCUGCUAUGCGCAGCGACUCCCAUUUUUUGGCCCUGACAUGGAGCUCGGAUCCCAGCGCAGCGGCACUCUCUAGCGCGUACACAAGCCACACCGGCUUGGAGGACUAUUGCCAGGAGAACAAGGUCCCUAUUCGCACCGCGAUAAACAACUUUGGCAUAAUUCUGAAGAAUGCUGACAUUGGGGGGGCAAAACUCGGCGCCAUCUGCUUGGAAGAUUUGCUGGGAAUGAUUUUUGAAACCGCUAUUGAUAAACCGGGGGGAGCAUCCAGCACUAGCAAGACCGAACACUCUGCCACGCCAGCCGCUACACAAGUGACAAGCACCAGCGACGAUAGCAAAGCCCCUCAACAGCAACAAGACACCAAGUCGCAACCCACGAAUGCUGUUGGUGGUAGCAGAGUCCCGGAUGCAGCCUCCAAUGGUGUGACUGCUCCAGUUGUUCGACGUGCUGGAGUUACAGUUGACUACCUGAACCUGGCUCGCCAGUUCAUAAAGACGCCAUGGCUCCCCGACAACCCCUGGCACCAGAGAGAGAGUCAGAAGCGGCGUGACUAUCACCGCGCCAUCGUGCGUGAUUCACUGCUCAUGCAAAUGGGGUAUGUCGGACCUCCUCUGCUUAAUCACACCACCCUCACGCCUUCCCCAGGUGUCAAUACCAACAAUCGGCAACUUAGAGUGGGAGAUGCUGGAAAACUCGUUAUCGAUGCCAAGUGCCGAUGGGUCAACUACCCCACAGGGUCGGGAGUCCCAGGGUUUACCUUCACUAACUCUUCGCACUGGUGGGCCAAUGGCGUCGGCAUUCAGGAAGCAGACGUGUCGGCGAUUGGAGCAGCGUUAAAAUGGACACCUGAUGAAUGUAAACUAGAUAUUAAUUCUCGGGAGUUCUUAUUGCUUGACAUUGUCCCCGGUCGCUACAAGGUCUAUCAAUGCGAACGAUUCAUGGAGACUUGGCAAGGCAAUCCCGACUUCAUUCCGGCAGGACCCGCAGCUGCUCGGCCCCCUUCUCUGCCCCAAGCUCUGUCCGCAAAUGAAACUCCUGCUGUGCCUAUGCCUUUGGCAGUUCCUCCCAAAUCUUCCUCUCCUGCAUUGACAGCCCCCACGGCAGCAGCAGUAGCAGUAGCAGGCACUGCGUCACCCCCCGAUCUUUCACGGUUACCUCCUCGCCCUUCCCGCCUUGAUAAUACCGACACCGAACCCAGCUUAUCAACUCUUACUCGGGCGCUACAUAACCUGAAGGCAACGUAUGCUCCUAUACCGCCUGUUCAUCCACCCCAACCCCCCACCCCUGCUGUCCCGCGCCGAAAGUUCAAUCUUCGAAAGGAGAAACGACUGGCCAACAAGUUCUUCAAUACUUAUCUCGCUGAUGCUCCACCCGAGACUGCCACGUCACAUCAUAAUAACAUCGCUGCCACUCUUGUUGCCAGUCUCCGGUCAGCCCAAGCUCCCAACCACCCUGACAACUCCAACACAAGAUUGAACGCCUCAUCCAGCUCCACCGAGGCCGCUAACUCCACCAUGAACAGUGUUCCACCUGGCCUAGGGGCUGCUGCUCAAUCCCGUCCUGGUGGUCCUGUCCGACAACCAUCCCAGACAGCCCGAAGGCCUGACCAUCCGUACCGAGAUAGCAUUCCUCCUCGGUUCGACGAAGAUCGUCGCACACUGCCAUUCUACGGAGGACCUUGGAAUAUGCCUCCACCUAUCCAUUAUCCCAAUUUUUAUCAAGGCCUCUAUCCGAACACUGGUGGCUCGGGCUAUGGUCAAGGAAUGUUCGUUCCUAGCUAUGGGCCUGAGUUUGGGUAUGGGGACUCCGAAAUCUACGGUGAAGAUGAUGCUUACGGGGGAGAUUACUCCCUUGGGCAAGGUAAUUAG